AUGGCUGAUAACACAAAACAUAAUGAAAAGCCGGGAGAUGGAAUUAGAUCUAUGAGAUCAACAACAGCUUUUCGAGUUGUGAAUUUUGAGCUUUAUGCCAAACCAAACAUUGUUAUAAUGAGCAUAGGUGCAACAUGUUUUGGACUUGCUUUGGGUUAUCUCGCUUAUAUGAGACAUAAAUACGAAUCCAUGGGUUAUUACUCAGCCAUUGAUGCAGAUGGAAAGGAGAUUUUUGAAAAGAAAAAAUCUAAGUGGGAUUAA